AUGUCGAUUGACUUCAAAGCAAAGGCGAUGGCUAGCAGCAAAGUUCCCUCGCCUACAGCAUGCCCAAAGACCCCAAGCACGGGCUUCGAGCUCGCACACGGGUGCUAA